AUGGCGGAUCCCGCCGAGUGCAGCAUCAAAGUGAUGUGCCGGUUCCGGCCCCUCAACGAGGCGGAGAUCCUCCGGGGGGACAAAUUCAUCCCCAAAUUCAAGGGCGAGGAGACGGUGGUCAUCGGGCAAGGGAAGCCGUAUGUCUUUGAUAGAGUGUUACCUCCUAAUACAACCCAGGAGCAAGUUUAUAAUGCCUGUGCCAAGCAGAUUGUUAAAGAUGUUCUUGAAGGCUACAAUGGCACAAUCUUUGCUUAUGGACAGACAUCAUCAGGAAAAACGCAUACGAUGGAGGGGAAGCUGCAUGACCCUCAGCUCAUGGGAAUCAUUCCGAGAAUUGCACAUGACAUCUUUGAUCACAUCUAUUCCAUGGAUGAAAACCUGGAGUUUCAUAUAAAGGUUUCCUACUUUGAGAUAUAUUUGGACAAAAUAAGGGACCUACUUGAUGUAUCAAAGACAAACCUCGCUGUACAUGAAGAUAAAAACAGAGUGCCAUAUGUUAAGGGUUGUACAGAAAGAUUUGUAUCUAGUCCUGAAGAAGUUUUGGAUGUCAUUGAUGAAGGGAAAGCUAACCGUCAUGUAGCCGUUACAAAUAUGAAUGAACACAGCUCUAGGAGCCACAGUAUCUUCCUCAUUAAUAUUAAACAAGAGAAUGUGGAAACGGAGAAGAAACUCAGUGGAAAGCUUUACCUGGUAGACUUGGCUGGAAGCGAGAAGGUCAGCAAAACUGGAGCGGAGGGCGCUGUUCUUGAUGAAGCUAAAAAUAUCAAUAAGUCUUUGUCUGCUUUAGGCAAUGUGAUAUCUGCCUUGGCAGAAGGAACUAAAACCCAUGUUCCAUACCGAGACAGCAAAAUGACCCGAAUACUUCAGGAUUCCCUGGGUGGGAACUGUAGAACCACCAUUGUGAUAUGCUGCUCUCCUUCUGUGUUCAACGAAGCAGAAACAAAGUCAACCCUGAUGUUUGGACAGCGAGCUAAGACGAUUAAGAACACAGUCUCUGUGAAUCUGGAGCUGACUGCGGAGGAGUGGAAGAAAAAGUACGAGAAGGAGAAGGACAAAAACAAGAGUCUAAAGAAUGUUAUCCAGCAUCUAGAGCUGGAACUGAACAGGUGGAGAAACGGAGAAGCUGUGCCUGAAGAUGAACAGAUCAGCGCAAAGGACCAGAAGAACCUGGAGCCUUGUGAUAACACCCCGAUUAUUGACAACAUCACACCGGUUGUUGCCAGCAUCUCGACAGAGGAGAAGCAGAAAUAUGAUGAGGAGAUUGCCAGUCUUUACAGACAGCUGGAUGAUAAGGAUGAUGAAAUCAACCAGCAGAGCCAGUUGGCUGAAAAACUAAAGCAACAAAUGUUGGAUCAAGAGGAGCUUUUGGCCUCCACUAGGAGAGAUUAUGAGAAGAUUCAAGAGGAGCUGACUCGUCUUCAGAUUGAGAACGAAGCAGCGAAAGAUGAAGUGAAAGAAGUCCUUCAAGCCCUGGAAGAAUUAGCUGUCAAUUAUGACCAGAAAUCCCAAGAAGUGGAGGACAAAACAAGGGCCAACGAGCAGCUGGCUGACGAGCUGGCACAGAAGAGUAGUGCCCUGACAACGACCCAGAGGGAGCUGGGCCAGUUGCAGGAGCUCAGUAACCAUCAGAAGAAGAGAGCUACAGAAAUCUUGAAUUUGCUGCUUAAGGACCUGGGCGAGAUUGGAGGAAUCAUUGGAACUAACGAUGUUAAAACAUUAGCAGAUGUGAACGGGGUGAUUGAGGAGGAGUUCACCAUGGCACGGCUUUACAUCAGCAAGAUGAAGUCUGAGGUGAAGUCUCUGGUGAACCGCAGCAAGCAGUUGGAGAGCGCCCAGAUAGACUCCAACAGGAAGAUGAACGCCAGCGAGAGGGAGCUUGCAGCUUGCCAGCUCCUCAUUUCACAACAUGAAGCAAAGAUCAAGUCCCUUACAGACUACAUGCAAAAUAUGGAGCAGAAGAGAAGGCAGCUGGAAGAGUCACAGGACUCUCUCAAUGAAGAACUUGCCAAGUUACGUGCUCAAGAAAAAAUGCACGAAGUCAGUUUCAAGGAUAAGGAGAAGGAGCAUCUGACCCGCCUUCAGGAUGCAGAGGAGAUGAAGAAGGCCCUGGAGCAGCAGAUGGAGAGUCACAGGGAAGCCCACCAGAAGCAGCUGUCCAGGCUGAGGGAUGAAAUUGAAGAGAAGCAGAAAAUCAUUGAUGAAAUCAGAGAUAUGAAUCAGAAGCUGCAACUGGAACAAGAGAAACUGAGUGCUGAUUAUGAUAAAUUAAAAAUUGAGGACCAGGAAAGAGAAAUGAAGCUGGAAAAGCUCAUACUGCUUAAUGAUAAAAGGGAACAAGCAAGAGAAGAUCUUAAGGGGCUGGAGGAAACGGUGGCAAGGGAACUUCAGACUCUUCACAACCUACGCAAACUGUUUGUGCAAGAUCUCACUACCCGCGUUAAAAAAAGUGUUGAACUUGACAGCGACGACGGAGGUGGAAGUGCUGCGCAGAAGCAGAAAAUUUCCUUUCUUGAGAACAACCUGGAACAGCUUACAAAGGUUCACAAACAGUUGGUACGUGAUAAUGCAGAUCUUCGUUGUGAGCUUCCUAAGCUGGAAAAACGACUUAGAGCUACGGCAGAGAGAGUUAAGGCCCUGGAGAGCGCACUGAAGGAGGCCAAGGAGAACGCCAUGCGAGACCGCAAACGGUACCAGCAGGAGGUAGAUCGUAUUAAGGAGGCUGUGAGAGCCAAAAACAUGGCACGGAGAGCACACUCUGCUCAAAUUGCCAAGCCCAUCCGCCCCGGUCAUUACCCAGCGUCUUCUCCAACGGCUGUCCAUGCCAUCCGAGGGGGAGGGAUGUCAAACUCCAGCUACUAUCACAACACCAAAUAG